UUCUGCUGUGUUGUUGACGUGCUACAAGCUUAUUAUAAUUAAGCAAUUUAUUUAAUUUCUAAUUAUUUCUUAUCCUCCGCAUGACAACUCUGUGAAAAAAUUAUAUAAAACCGACAACCGCAGGCGGACGGAGGUGCCUGUUUUGGCGGAAGAACCGAAGAGGAAAAAAGUCGAGAUAGAUCGCUUUUAGCCGAGCCUCAAAUGCAAAGAUACGCGGCUGCCGAGAUACAAAGAUACAGAUACAGAUACAGAUGCACAUGCCGCCAAAGACUUGAAACCGCCUUGUGAUUUAUAUUUACUUUUGUUUAUAAUUUAAUUUGCUGUGUAUGUUUUGUUCCCUCUCUUUAUGUUUAUUUUUUUUUUUGUUCGCCUAACUAUUUUUAACUUAUAUUUGCUAAGCCUCUAAGAGGUCUUAAUUUGUUGCUGUAUUUUUUGUUGUUGUUGAUGCUGGGAAUGUAACCAGCUGUGGCUGAUUUCUUGCAGCGAUUAUGGUACACGAUAAUUGGCCGCAAUUACGAUCGGAGUGGGAGUGUUUGGGUUCAAAGUCAGGGUCAUGGGGUGCUGUGAUAUUGCCGACAAGUUCAUUGAGCAUUAGACUACAUAUUUUUUCGGCGUACAUACAUACAAAAAUUCGUAUCCGAAAUGGCAAGCAAAAAAAACGAACCGAUCAUGGACUGUGAAUUUGAAAUCCGUGGCAAUGUUCCCAAGGAGGCCUUUCAACUAUUUGCAUCCGCGCAGGCGAAAACCCUGGGACUCCGGGGAUUCAUCACCCAAGUCAACGAAGAGCUAUACAGGGGUCAGCUGCAGGGCGAGGGCAAGGUCAUCGAGGCCUUCAAGAAGCUCAUCCUGGCCGCCGCCGAAUAUGUGCAGGCCAUCAAGGAGUUCAUCAUCAAAAACCUAAAGGUCAUUCAGGAAUAUACCUACAAGACCUUCGAAGUUAAGAAAAUAACCUGUGAAGCUGCAGGAAAUUCUCAUGGGAUCAUUAUGAUUGUGCGAUGGCUGAUUUAUGCAAUUCCCCAAAUGACCCGUGAGUUCUGUUCUUCAAAGCCGACGACUCCUCAACUUUUUCUAGGGCCAAUCGUGACCAAUAAGCUAAUAAUGAUAUGUCCAAGGGAGGGGCUAACCUUGUGGCCAUCGCCGAUCGGAUAUCGCAUGCCUCGGAUGCAUAAUCCAGCGAUGUUGAUGUUCCCGGCCGCUUGGCAUGCAAAUCGGAGACAUGAUCGCCGCCUCGAUCGACACGAUUCAAACAUACUCCAAACAUACGACCACGGAUGGUUAUUUAUGCACUCGCGGAUACGAUUGCCGAUACGAUCCCCGACUUCCCCGACUUCCCGACUUCCACGACUUCCCAAACUGGCCGCCACUCCACUCAGAUAAUGUAUCUGCAAUGAUAUAUGGACGGCUAAUCUAUCAUGGCCCAAGCAACGUUACAAUUUUAUGGGUCAAUUUGCGGACGGCCAUUAGCAGAAUGUGUGUGUGCAACAGGUAGCCGGGUAUCUGUUUGUCUACUAUAUAUGGUACACGGACAAAAACUAACACCAUCUCACCGAUUUCACAGAGAACUGAAUGUGA